AUGCGGGGCGUGUACGGGCGCGAUACGGUGUUCCACGAGCCACGUGUGGCCGCGACGGGAUCGGGGCAGCGGGUCGACGAGGUCGAUUAUGACGUGCUCCCAGGGGCGGCUUAUGUCUCGGAGCGGGCAGAUGAGAGAUUGCACCGUAAAACCACAGUCAAAAUGGGCAUUCGGGUGAUCCAGCGAACCGCAAAACCACCAUUACCUUCAACAACUAUAUACAGUGUGCCUCCGUCUCAAGUACCAUCGAUCGGUUCGAGAACCCAAGGAUGCAAAACAAGAGUGGAGUUCGCAGAAAAUGAAAUCAUCGAAGAUGACGAAAAUGUAGGACCGCAUGCAGCGGUGGAAAAGCCAUUUUUAUUAAGUGACGGUCGCAUUGGAUUGGAAGCAAGACUAGAUCGUGCGAUUUAUGCUCAUGGAGACUCAAUCACUGUCCACAUCAAUGUCAACAACAAAAGCAGCAAAUCCGUAAGAAGAAUAAAGGUAUUUGUCGUACAACAUGUGGAUGUUUGUAUGUUCAGCAAUGGCAAAUUCAAGAAUGUUGUGGCCCUUGUAUCUUCGCAAGAAGGCUGUCCUGUGAGUCCAGGUAGUACUUUGAAAAAAUCUUACACUCUCAAACCUAUUAAAGGUUCAACCAAAAAUUGGAUCGCCUUAGAAGAUAGCUACACAAAAACUGGAGCAACUUUAGCAUCAACGGUCAUUUGUCCUGGAAAUGGAACCGAUGAUAGAAAUGUCUUUGCGAUUUACGUAUCUUAUUAUGUAAAGGUCAAACUGUUGAUCUCGGCGAUGGGCGGAGAAGUUUCUUUGAAGUUACCGUUCGCGCUCAUGCAUAGUAACACAGAUCCGGAUCUCGUAGGAUUCCCAUCUCCUAUCCGAGAAGCGUCAAAACAAUUUGAAAAGAGCAUAAACGAAAUUACGGAAAGAUCAAGCAAACAGGAUAGCAAUAAUCACAGGAAUAAGGAAAAUAAGCUAGAGGCUAUUAAGGAGCAGGAGAAGGAGUCGAGAAUGACUGACGUGGAUCUGAUAGAACACUGUGAGGAAAAUGACAUCUGAGAGCGGGCGCAACGAGACGACGCGAUGUCGCAGCCGUCAUCUGUUAAGAAAAGCAGCGACACGAAGACCACGAAAAAUUCGAAUCAUAAGACAUGCAGACUCAGCGUUACCAUUCAGAGAGCUUGGUGCUGCUUCAGAAGAGCCUCUUAGUAAACGAACGAGUCAAAAUCUCAGAGUCUCAUAUGAAUGAUGAUAACAUAUGAGUGAUUAUGUCUAUUUACAUCAUCAUUGUAAUUCCUUCUAUUUUUUCGGGGGAAAAUAUAUCUUGUAAAAAUUGCACAGAUAGAAAAACAAAUGCGUAGCAGAUCUUGUAAAUUCUCACAAUUGAUGGCUGCAAAAUAAAUGUGAGUUUUGUAUGUUUUAAAGAUGACAAAAAAUACAGAUUCAGAAGUUAUCAGAUUAAUUUUAAAAACAGUAAAAAGCUUCUUGGAACUUUUCAUGAAAAGAAUUUUAUAGAAGCGCGAUUACAAUUAAAUGAUCAUAUUUUUUGAACUGUUGAGUAUGCACAAAAAAUUGUACUCCAUGUAUUGGUUGAUUUCGUAUUAUUACGCACAUUGUGAUAAAAUUUGAUUGUUCUCGAAAAAAGAAAGACUAUUUAAGUAUAAAUGUUAUUGCUGUUUAAUUAAGUGUGUGAAAUUGCAAAUUAUUAGAGUAUCAUACAGAAGUAAGAAUAUAAGUAUCACAUUUGAAGUAAGAACAUAAAUUUUAUUGAAAAUAUGUACUAAUGAGAGACAAAAAUACUUCAAAAUUUUUACUACAAGAAGGAAAGAUCUCUCAAGAGAUAUAUUUCUAUAUAUUUAAAUACCCCACUGAAUAAUAUUCAUGUAAUAUAUUAUACGUAAUAUAUUCUUAUAAUCUAUUAAAAUUAUAUACUGGGUGUCCCCAUCAGCGCCGAUCUUUAGCCGGAUACACGUCAGUGAGCUGUGCGCCUGAUAGUGGUGCGCCGCUGUGACAGCUGACGCACACUAUCAGGCGCGCGGCUCAUCAGCGCUUGUCUAAAGAUCGGCGAUGAUUGGCCAGACUUUACUCAAUAAUAUAUCUUUUAUUAAACGUUAUUCAAAAAAAUGGUACAGGACUUUUCGACUCAGUUUGGCCCAAUCUACCUUCACACUUCGGGUGUGUCAAAAGUUUCGGGACACUCUGUAUAUUGCUAAUUACGUAAAAUCUCGUGAAUGUAUAUUGUUUUAAAUUUUUUGUGUCUAUAUCUUUCUACAUCUAUUAUAUGAAAGAUCUUUUACUGCCAUCUUAAUUUUAUAAUCAGGUUUUAUGUUCAUUAUUUCAGAAAUCUAAAAAAAUGAGCAAAGCAUACACUCUUACAUAAAUAAAAAAA